UCCAUUCCUCUGCACUCGGCUGACCUGGAUCUACUGGAUUGCUUAUCAUGAAGCAGCUCCUGGUGUUCCUGUGUGGGUCUCUGGCUUUGGCAGUAAGCUUAGCUGCUCCAACGCAGCAUGAUGCAAUGAUGGCAGAUCCUCCGGUAGAAAAUCCAAAGGCUGAUGAAGAUUCCCACUACGACUCCAAGUUUGACCGCUGUGAUGGCGUUGAGUUUGAUGCCAUCGCCCCUGAUGAGACAGGACAAAUGUUCUUUUUUAAAGGUGACCAUUUAUGGAAGGGUUUCGCAGGCCCCAGUGAGCAUGCAAAUGGUACAUUCCAGGAGCUAGAUGAAUAUCAUCACCUGGGUCACGUGGACGCAGCCUUCCGCAUGCACAAUAAAGAUGAGGAAGCUCAAAAAGAUCACGACCACAUCUUUUUCUUCCUGGAUGAUAAAGUCUUUAGCUACUACAACCACAUUCUGGAGAAAGGCUUCCCCUUAGAGAUCCAGCAGGUGUUUCCUGGAGUGCCCAGCCACCUAGACGCAGCAGUGGAGUGUCCUAAAGGAGAGUGCAUCACUGAUUCAGUGCUGUUCUUUAAAGGACAUGAGGUGUACAACUUUGAUAUCAAGACUAAGACAGUGAAGAAGAAGGUGUGGGAUCACUUGCCCAACUGCACCUCAGCAGUCCGCUGGCUCGAGCAUUACUACUGUUUCCACGGCCACAACUUCACCCGAUUCCAUCCCGUGUCUGGAGAGGUAGUUGGAGAUUAUCCCAAAGAUGCCAGACGCUACUUCAUGCGCUGCGCAGAUUUUGGUCAUGGGGCCGGCCACAAAAAGCCACCCUGUAAACUCGACGCCAUCAGCACUGACGACAAGGGCAGGACUUAUGCAUUUAUGGAGAAUGUAUACAUUAGGUUGGAUUCACACCGUGAUGGAAGCCAUCCUUUCCCCAUAACAAGAUCAUGGAAGGAGAUUUCAGGACGCGUGGAUGCCGUUUUUGCUUAUGGUGACAAGUUGUACAUUAUCCAGGGUAAUCAAAUCUACAUCUACAAAUCAGCAGCACAUUACACUCUAAUAGAGGGCUAUCCUAAACCCCUGAAAGAAGAGCUGGGCAUCGAGGGACCCGUGAAUGCUGCAUUUCUCUGUCCAAAUCAACAUGUGGUCCAUGUUAUAAAAGGUCAGAAAAUGUUGGAAAUUGAUCUGACUGCAACUCCGAGAACUGUUAAAAAAGAACUUCCAAUCACCAUUGCACAAGUAGAUGCUGCCAUGUGUGACACUGAUGGUGUGAAGGUGUACGUUGGCCCAGUGUACUACAAGUACCAGAGCCCUACCAUCAUGGCUGUUGCCAAAAUCAGCCCAGCACCCCAAAAGAUCUCACCUGAAAAGUUUAGCUGUGAGGCAUAGAAAGCUCAUAUGAAUUACAGCAAAUGCUAAUUAGUUGUAAUUCUUUCAUUCUUUGUGCGUAUGGAGUUUCUGCACAUGAAUAUAAAAAUAAACUUUGUAAUUUGUAA